AUGCCCCUGCCAGACGUGCACCCAGACGGCGACCCUUUCGCACAGCGCGACGCCGAGCAAGCCAGCACCUCGUGGCUCGGCCGCAUGGAGCAGCGCGCCCUUCUCGACCAGUCGGCCCCAGCCUCGUCCAACGCCACCCCGUCCUCGCCCUCGCACGCCAAGCCUACCUCCGGUUCGUUCGCCCCGCCGCGCCCUGCCACCGCCGUCAAGCGCGAGACGAGCCCCGGUCGCGCACCCGCGGCCAAGCCCCGCCAGAGCCUCACGACCGACGCGCGCGGGCACGAGGUCCUCGUCGUCGACUCGGACGACGACGACGAUGAAGAUGACGGCGACCACGACGGCGAGGAGGAGGACGGAUCCGAGGGCGACAGUGGGGACGGGUCGGGGACCGAGGGAGAGGGAGAGGGCGAGGGGUCCGACACGCCCCAAGUCGCAGGCGUCGACGACGAGGACGAGGAGGAGGACGACGACGAAGAUGACGACUCGGACGACGACUCGAGCUCGAACGCGAGCGGCCCUGCCGGUCGUGCCGGCGACGACGUCGAGAUGGUCGACGGCGCGCCCUCGACGUCCAAGACGGUCAAGAAGGUCGUGCGCCCGUCUACCGGCGGUACCGGCGACGCCGAGAUGCAGGACGCCGACGCCGACAAGGAGGGCGACGCCGACGAGCAGCCCAAGAAGAAGCGCCGCCGCCGCCGCGCGCACUCGCCGACCCCGCCCCCGCUCGAGCACAAGGAGCGCACGACGAUCCGCCUCGACAUUGCGCUCCCGCCGCGCAAGGGCGCCGUCGUCCCCGAGUUCAACGUGCGCGCCAUCUGCAAGGACAAGGGCCUCAUCCCCGAGGAUGAGCCGCCCAAGGUGGACGAGGACAGCGAGCCCGAGGGCCAGGACAAGGAAGGCGCCGCCGAGGGCACGCCUGCGACCGAGGGAGGCGAGAACGGUGCUCCGCCGAAGAAGAAGCGCAAGCGCGGGCCCAACGUCGUGCUCGGUCGAUUCGGCGGCUACGACACGCAGGACCCGUUCGUCGACGACGCCGAGAUCGGCCUGUACGAGCCUCGCUCGUUUGCUCGCCCGCUCCGCGACGGCUACUUCAUCCAGUCCGGCCCAGUCGAGGUCCUGGGCCGGCGUGGGCGCGUCAAGGGGUCCAAGAACAAGCCCAAGCUCGACGAGAACGGCAACCCGAUCCCGGGCGCGUCGUCGAGGCGCAAGUCGAACAAGAUCGUCAUGGGCCCGGACGGCAAGCCCAUACACGUUCCCGACACGGACAAGUCGACCGAGGGUGGCCUGCCGCCCAACGCUGGGUCGCCGUUCCCGCCCAAGAAGGUGCGCGAGAAGGGCGUCUUCUCGAAGGAGCUCGAGGACGACUUUGCCAUGCUCAGGCGCGAGGUCGCAAGCACCGUGUGGGAGCAGAAGAACAAGUUCCCGCCCGACCUCAAGGAGACGCUCAUCGGCGUCGCGUUCCACGCCCUGCGCCUCGACGAGUACGACGACGACUUUUUCGCCGUCAUGCCCGACAUCUUUGGCUACAACCUGUUCACGAUGAAGAAGCUCAUCAAGCGCGAGGUCUACUCGGGCCGGAUCGCCGACCUCACCAAGCAGCAGGACGACCUGUGCGCGCUCGUCACCAAGCAGAUCGACGAGCACUACCCGGUCCAGCACGCCGAGUACCUCGCCAAGCUCGAGUCGUGGGACAAGAAGCAGGCCGAGGGCGGUGGCGGCGGCAUCGGCGGCCUGCCCGGCGGCGGAGCGCAGGCGGCGAGGAGGACGCCCGAGCCGGUCGCGAGGGCACCCGGGUUCGGCAACUCGCCUGCGAUCGCGACACCGGCGCUCGGGGCGCUCGAUGGAGCGGCCGCCGACUCGCCGGCGCCGGACAAGGGCGGCGACGACGAGGACAAGGACUCGGGCGAGCCCAAGUGGCGCUUCCGGUUCAACGACGUCAUCCGCGACGCGCUGUUCAAGGUCGGCGAGAUCGAGGACAAGAAGUCCGAGUUGACGGUCGAGAAGCAGAGCCUCGAGAAGUCCAAGGACAAGGCCGAGAAGCCGUACUCGGGCAAGAACGCGCGCAAGCUCCUCUACCAGCGUAUCGUCAAGCUGUGGCCCGACAACGACGUCUCGACGAACCAGAUCUCGCGCGAGAUCAGCAACUACAAGCUCAAGCUCAAGAAGGCGGGCCUGCUGCCGGCCGAGCCGUCCACCGCGCCGCCUGCCGCCUGAGCGGAACCGCGAGGAGGACCGGGAGGGAGCGCACGCGGCGGCGGGUGGGAGGACGGGAGGGUCUGCUUGUUGUGUCGGUACUCGCUUGAGGACGCGCUGGAUGCGCUGCUUGUUCUGCAACUGCUCGAUCUACCUC